AGACAGACAGAGUGAGCGAGUGUGUGUGAGUGAGUGAGUGAGUGAGUGAGUGUCUGAGAGAAUGGCGACGCUAGUUGGUCCAGUAGAAACUCCUGCACCCUUCGGAGGUGUCAGUUGCAUCAAGAACAUGGCAUCACCCACGGCCUCGACACAUCACUUCGACGAGAGCAAAUAUUACCUGCUCGUGGUCAUUGGGGAGCUGGUCACCGACGAGCAUCUGAAGUGUGCCAUUGCGGACAUUGAGAAAGGAAUUCGUUCAUGGGACACAAACCUGAUUGACUGUAACCUAGACCAGGAGCUGAAGCUUUUUGUUUCACGACACUCUGCCAGGUUUUCAGCCGACGUGAGAGGACAAAAGAGUCUGCAUCACAAAAGUAAUGUUUUGGAGACAGUAGUGCUCAUCAACCCUUCAGAUGAAGCUGUUAGCACUGAGGUACGUGUUAUGGUCUCAGACAAAGCCCACCAUAAGCUGCUUCUCCUAGCAGGACAGUGUUUUGAAAAUACAGGCGAGCUGAUUCUCCAGUCAGGCUCCUUUUCUCUCUCCAAUUUCAUUGACAUUUUUACAGAUCAAGAGAUUGGAGAGCUUCUAAGCACCAUACAUCCAGCCAACAAAGCCAGUUUAACUCUUUUCUGUCCCGAGCAUGGUGACUGGAAAAAUUCAAACCUGGAUAAACACAACUUGCAGGACUUCAUCCACAUGAAGCUAAACAACCCAACCAUCCUUCCAGAAAUGGAAGGUCUUUCUGAAUUCACAGAGUACUUGUCAGAAUCUGUAGAAAUCCCAUCCUCAUUUGAUAUGCUUGAACCCCCAACUUCAGGUGGGUUCCUAAAAUUAUCCAAACCAUGCUGUUAUAUUUUCCCUGGUGGACGUGGUGAUUCAGCACUGUUUGCAGUUAACGGCUUCAACAUGCUGAUUAACGGUGGAUCUGAUAGAAAAUCAUGUUUUUGGAAGCUGGUACGACAUCUGGACAGAGUGGAUUCUGUUCUCCUUACACACAUUGGAGAUGACAACCUUCCUGGUAUCAAUAGCAUGCUGCAGCGCAAAAUAGCUGAACUUGAGGAGGAACAGUCACAGGGAUCCACAGCUAACAGUGACUGGACAAAGAAUAUGAUCUCACCUGAUAUUGGGGUUAUGUUUGUCAACAUGCCCCAGAACCUAGAAAACCUUGAGCCAAACUACAGGGUUAGGAGAAAUGCUGAGGAGGCAUCUCUCACGCUGCAGUACCUAAACAAGCUGUCUUUAAAGCCUGAACCUCUGCAUAGGAAUACUGGAAAUACAGCAGAACCAAUUAUACUUUUCCAGAAAAUGGGGGUCGGAAAGCUUGAAAUGUAUGUUCUUAACCCAGCUGAGAAUAGCAAGGAGUUGCAGUACUUCCUGAAAGAAUGGACUGGUAGUGAUAAAGACAAAGCCGCCAUCUUGUUACCUAAUGGAAAAGAAUCAGAGCUUCCAAUCUCAUAUUUGUCUUCCAUCUCAUCACUGAUUGUGUGGCAUCCUGCUAACCCAUCAGAAAAAAUAAUCCGUGUUCUCUUUUCAGGCAAUUCCACUCAGAAUAAUAUUCUGGAAGGCCUAGAAAAACUUAAACACUUAGACUUCCUCAAACAUCCCUUGAUCACACAGAAGGAGCUUAAUUCAAAUUUAGCACCAUCACUGAAACAAGCUAAGAUGAAACACAAGACAGAUAGUAAAGAGAGCCUGAAGUCCACAUCAAAACCAUCCCCAAGCAAAAAUCUCCACAAAGAGUCCAAAGAAGAAUCUCUUGAAAAACUAAAAACCUUAAGUAAAACUGACACUGUGGAAGCUCAAGAGCCAACACAAAAAACAGAGAAGAAAGAAAAAACACUUGUAAAAAAAGUGAAAACAGGGGAUAAGGACAUUAAAAUCAAGACUGAGCAACCACCCAAAAUCGACACUCCAGAGAAAAAGAAAGUUGACAUUAAACCAAAAACAAUAAAGAAAGAAACAAAGAAAUCAGUGGAAAAAAGUGAAGUUAGUAAAAAGGCUGAAAAACCCACACCCAAGAAAGAAGAAAAGGCCAAAAAAGAAGAGAUGGUGAAGAAAGAGGUGGUGAAGAAAGAGGAGGUCAAGAAGGAAAUUAAAAGACGAGACAUUAAGAAAGAUUCCUUAUUAAAGGAGAGCAGAAAGGAUGAAAAGAAAGAAACUCAAAAAGAUGAAAAAGAACCUAAGAAAGAUUUGAGGAAAGCCGGUAGCUUGAAAAAGAAUGCCCCUAGCACACCUGAGGUGAAAAAACCGGCACCUAAACCAAUGGUUGCAGCACGUGGCAAGGGCCCUGGUAGUCUCGUAAAAUCCAAAGAAAAGUCUAAGCCCAAACCCACCAAAAAAGAUGCUGGCGAAUCAAUGGAAGCACCUUCUGUCUCAAGUGCUACUGGUAAAGAACCUGCUGUUGAAACCAGUGUAACAGAUGCAGUUGCAGUUGUUGAGGAAGAGAGGUCACUGAUGUCUUCUCCAGAAGACCUCACUAAAGACUUUGAGGCUCUGAAAGCAGAGGAGAUUGUUGAAGAUGAUGAAAUCCUAUCACAGACCAAAAUAGAUGAUUCUGAUCAAGGAGAGUUGAUUAAGCAUGAAGAAAUAACUCCUUGCAAAGAGUCUCCAGAAGCAGCAGAGUCCCUGGAUGAAGGAAUAGCAACCACAGAAGCUGAGGAGGAAUGUGCUGGUACUCCAGGAGAUCUUGAACCAAAUCAAAAAAGCAAUGGUACCAGUGAAAAAUUUGAAGAUGAAGGAACAGGGUUGGAAGAGUCAUCUGAGAUUGGAGACUAUGAGGAAAAGGGAGAUACAGAGGAAGUGGAUGAGCAAGAUAGAGUAAUAUCUAAGUUAAAAGAUGACAGAGAGCAAGAAGAGCAGGAAACCAAGGAAGGAUCAGAUUAUGGUGCAGAAGAACCACAAUAUAGACAUGACAAAGAAAUAGAGUUGCAGAGUUUUGUUGUAACCACACCACCAAAGGUCUCUGAACCAGUAUCUCCUGCUGUUUCUAUUCAUGAUGAAACCCUACCAAUGGGUUCAGAAAGUGAGGUUGUCUCUGAUGAUGAAAAUCGAGAUGAGCCACCAGAAGAAUACACAACAUCUGGACACACUCAAUCUACAAUUGAGAUCUCAAGUGUCCCAACACCUAUGGAUGAAAUGUCUACUCCAAGAGAUGUAAUGAGUGAUGAGACAAUUAAUGAUGAAAGUGAUUCUCCCUCCCAAGAUUUAGUUAAGUACGGUAUGACUACAGAUUAUGAGAGAAAGAACCUUUCACCUCUCCAAGACCUACCUGAAUUAGAUCACUCCAAGAGCGAUGCCACUGAGGGUCAUGACUAUCAUGCAUCAGCUUCGACCAUUUCACCACCAUCUUCACUGGAGGAAGACAAAUCUGCCAAGGAGUUUUUAGCAAAAGACAAAUUCUCUUUUGAUUUAAACCAGUUCAGUGCUUCCACUACAACUUUGCCUUUUGUCAGGUCACCUUCUGUUGACCAAAAUGUGAAUGUUGACCAUGUUCAUGCAGGUGUAUCUUCACCAAUUGAACUGGGAACCACAUUAGCUGGGAUGUCAAAAGGAAUGGAAUCAUACAGUCCAGAUGAGAAAACCUUAGAGGGCCCUUUAUCUCCUCAGUCCUCAGGUCACACACCUUACUACCAAUCCCCAGUGGAGGAGAAAGCUGGCACUCUACCAUCAGACAAAACACCUGAGCCCCAGGGUCCUAUUAUUGUUGACAUCACAAGUGACAAGGAAUAUUCUCCCAGAGAAGCUAGUCCUAUUGAUGAAGCAGUACCUGUGUCACAAAUGGGAAAGAAGCAAUCACCAAGUUAUGAAGCACAUUUAUCAACCACUCUUGAGGUUAACCACAAGACCCCAAGCCAAACUGACAAUAAUGAUAAAAAGUUAGCAACUGAUGACAGCUCUUCAGUUACAUCUUUGCCACCAGCUAAAGUAGAAAGCCUUUCUGAUACAAAUCCUUUCACAACAUUUAAAGAGGACAGCAAAAUGUCCAUAUCUGAGGGGACCACAUCUGGCACUCCAGUUGAUGAAGUUGUUGCAGAGGACAAAUUUUUUCAGAUUGCCUCUGCCUCAACAGCGUUAUUUGCAACAAGUUCUUUACCAGAACCUACAACAGAUCUCCAUGCUGAAGUUAGCUCCCCACAUUCCACAGAAGUGGAAGACUCUCUCUCUGUCUCUGUUGUUCAGACUCCGACCACAAUGCAAGAAGCAGAAGUUUCCCCAUCUAAGGAGGACAGUACCCGACCUAUGUCAAUCUCCCCUGAUGUUUCCCCUAAAACAGCAAAAUUGAGAAUGCCACAACAGGAAACAAAAUCCCCUGAGCAGUCAUUGUCAGUUGAGUGUAGACAAGAAUCCCCAGAACACUCAUUUGUAUUGGAUUUCAGCAAGCAGUCACCAGAUCAUCCAUUUGUAAGAGGAAUGCAGCAUACAGCCACUGAAAAUGGUCCAACAGAAGUUGAUUACAUCCCCUUGGAUGGAACCAAUCUCAUGGGAGAACAAUGCAGACCUAGGGAAGAUGGGGACAAGGCAGUGCUUUUCAGAGAGUCCGAUAGUACCCAGGUUGCUUCUGUUUCCCCAUCAGAUGCCUCUCUGUCCACCCCAUCAGUUACAACACCCUGCCAAAUUACAGAGCCAAGAGAAGUUUCUUCAAUUGUAGGACAUUUCUCAGAGUCUGUUACUCCAAAACAGUCACCCCACAAUCACUCUCCUUUAUCUCCUGACUCAUUGCUUGUUCUAGGCGUACCAAGCACCUCACAUGAAGGAACAGAUAAAGAUAAACCUAGUUCCAGCUCAUAUUAUGAAGAAACUCGUAUGGAUAAAAUAGAGGAUAGACUAAAUCUGGAGAAGACUCUUCCAAAGGCCAGGUCACCCUCAUCUCCUAUAGUGCCAUCUUGUUUUUCUCCAAAGACAGAAGAGCUUACACCUGGCUUAGGGACAAAUCCCUUCACAGCCUCAAAAUCCCCCACCAGUCCCAAAAUUUCAUCUCCAGCUCAACAUGAUCAUACUUCCAAUCAGAUAGACACUCAAGAGAAGUUUUCCAGCAGCUCCACGUCAUAUUCCUAUAGCUGUCAAUAUGGAGAAUCUACAAAAAAUUGUGAUGGCGGGUCCAUAGGGCCAGAUACCUCAAAACAAAGCCCACCUGAGUCACGAUCAGAUGUGGAUUUGUGUUUGGUGACCUCCUGUGAAUACAGACAUCCAAAGACAGAGCUUUCUCCAUCCUUUAUAAACCCCAGUCCUCUUGAGUACUUCAUGAAUGAGGAACAUCCUUUGGAGGAGGAAAAGCCACUUGCUAGGUCUGGAGGAGGACCACCGCCACCUGGAGGGAAACAGCAAAGCAAGCAAUGUGAGGAAACUCCUCCAACUUCUGUAAGUGAAUCAGCGCCUUCUCAAACAGACUCAGAUGUUCCUCCUGGCACAGAGGAGUGCCCAUCAAUAACUGCAGAUGCAAAUAUUGACUCUGAGGAUGACUCAGAAACACUACCAACAGAUAGGACUGUCACUUAUCGUCAUGCAGACCCACCUCCAGUCAUGCCCAGAGACCCCGCUCCUGCCGCUCCACAUCCUGAUGUCUGCAUGGUGGAUCCUGAGGUCCUUAAGGCUGAAGAGGCAUCCCAAAAAGAUGAAAGAGGGAAGCCAAAAAAGAACAUCAGCAGCAAGACUAAGUCAUCUGCAACAAAGAGCUUGUCAAAAACAAGUGCAAUGAAAGAGUCUAAAGUGUCCUCUCCAAAAAAGACUACAGAAGAUAAAGAUGCCAAAAAUGCUACUAAUACAUCCGCAUCAAGGGGAGUGAAAAGCAGUACUUCAGGAAGCACUAAGUCCAGCAGUGGAACAUCAGUACCCAACUGUCCUCCAAUGUAUAUGGACCUAGUUUACAUACCAAAUCACUGCAAUGCCAAGAACGUGGAUGCUGAGUUCUUUAAACGGAUCCGAUCCUCCUACUAUGUAGUCAGUGGUAAUGAUCCAACAGCACAGGAGCCUAGUAAGGCAGUUCUGGAUGCUCUGCUGGAAGGAAAGAGCCAAUGGGGAAAUAAUAUGCAGGUUACACUGAUUCCAACCCAUGAUACAGAAGUUAUGAGGGAGUGGUACCAGGAAACCCAUGAGAAGCAGCAAGAUUUGAACAUCAUGGUUUUGGCAAGCAGCAGCACUGUGGUCAUGCAAGAUGAGUCUUUCCCUGCAUGUAAGAUAGAGCUGUGAUUAUCAUGAUCUAGAUGUGGUAGAGGUUGGAUGUUAGACAGCUAACAAAUGAAAAUCUUAGUGCACACAUUCACAAAAGAAAAUGUUUUGGAUCACUUUCCACAUACUCAAUAGAGGAAUCAGUGAAAAUGUUUCUCAGUAAAAUUGUCUAAUACUUUUUGAGGUCUCAGGUUGUGAAAAAAGGUUGGAUAGACACUGUUGACCACACAAAGACCAAUUUUUGUUUGAAUCAGACCUCCUUAACCACACAAACAACCAGCAGAAGCUAAACUAAACUAAACAACUGACUAAAUGCACACAGGAGUCGGUGGAUGAACACUGUACUGAGCAGCUCCAAUAAAACUGAACAAACUACAAAUGUAUUUAUUUACAAACACAUAAAUGGAUCACUGAAAAAUAACUCCUUAUUUUAAUGUUUACACCAAAGUUUGAGGGAUUGUUUUAAUGCCUUAUUAAAUUAAACUGAAUGUACAACAAAUAUAAUGCACUUAAUAUGAGAACAAUUAAAUGGUAUGUAUGAUCCACGGCUAAAUAAAUAUAUAAUAGGAUGCAAAAGCUACAUUAAAGAUCAUAUUCCAGCUGCACUGAGUUGCAUAAAACAUGAAUGUGAAGCUUGCUACCUUUGCAAUUAAAUGCAAAAUAGAAUAUUUAAAAGACUCUCUUAAGAAAAAAAAUUAAUUAAUUAUAUGCCCAUUAUUAGUUUGAAAUUUCAUGAAUUUUACACCAGCCUUUUUAAUAGAGUAAAAUAUUAAAUGUUUGAACUCUUUAAAAAAAUGUUAUUCAUCAAUUUGUACUAGUUAAUAUUAGCAUUUAUUUAUGUAAAUGUUUUUAUCUGAGCAAUGCACUUGUUAUAUUUAUUUGCUUUACUUAAUGCCUAAAUUAUUUAUAACAGAAACAUUUGCAUUCUUGGCAUUCCUAUUAAGUUAAUCAUGAAAAGAGAUCUCUAAAAUGCAAAACUCUUGUCGACUCAGUUGUCAAAGUUCAACAUUUGUGUUUUCUUCUCUAACUCCAAAUGGGGUUAAUUAUCCUUUUUAACUGAACAUUUCACUCAAUGUUGAGAGCUCUUCUGUAUGCACUGUUCAUCCAAAUCUUAUCCGUCUAAGAACUGUAUUUUCUUAGCUUGUCAAUGUUGCCAAGAAGAGCCAUCCAGAUUGUGGUACAUUGAAAGUUGAGCAACUGAAAACUUUCCUUUCCUUAGGAGUAUUUAAUAAAAUUUCACUGUACUAUAAUUAUAAAUAGCUUAGUGACGGAGUAAGUGGUGGGAUGAUAUGUGCAUGUGUAAUGUAUUAUCCUUGACAUUUCUCUGUGCUUUCUUUCACUAAGAGGGGAAACUCACUCUUUAGUGCCAACACAUCACUGCAAGGAUAUGACAAUUCAUGAUUGGAAAAUCGUGAACUUGGAUCUGGUUUCAUGUAUCUUAAUGUCACUUUUUUUAAUCAAUAACCAUACAGUCAUGAAAAUACCAUCUCACUGAAAUAUAUUUGAUUCCUAUGACGCUACCACAGGAUACAGAUUUUACAGUUUACCAGAAUCUACUUGACAAUACAGGAUUAUGCUGCUACUGCUUGAAAUAUUUUAGUUACAACAUUAUAACCAACAACAUGUCAACAAAACAAACUACUGAGGAACUUGGUGCCAUUGUGGCCCAACUCUUUUCAACAGCUCAGUGUAAUAGUAAACUUGAUACAUUUAAUAACUCAGAACUGGACGCAUCUAAAUUACAUACUAACAGCAGCAAUGGUUAACAGAUUCUUCUAGCCACAUGCUUCUGAAAAGUGCACUGUUGUUUAUCUGCAAGACAUCUAUUACUAAAUACAACACACACAUCCAGUCUAUCACUCCCCUCUUUGCUCUGAUCCUCUGUAACACUUCACUUUCUCUCAAAUCUUCACAAUCCCUCUCGUUCUUCUCGCUCACCUUGGGGUGCUAGUAAGAAUAUGUCUGCAGUUGUGUAUGAAAUAUAUAUAUAUAUAUAUAUAUAUAUAUAUAUAUAUAUAUAUAUAUAUAUAUAUAUAUAUAUAUAUUCCUUGUGAACUUGCAUCUUUCCUCUAUUUAUUCCUAAUCCCAUAUCUAGAGGAUAGUCUCAAGUGAAAGUAUUAUCCAGUGCUUUUUCUGUUGUUUGUGUGCGAUAACUCUUUCCAAUUAUGGGGUGUUAGAUGUAAAGGGAACUACACUUAAAAAGAAGGUAAAUCCACCCACAAUAAACAAUUCUGUGGAAAAUA